GUGCUUUAAAAAUGAGAUGCUCGUGUUGAAUCUGUCAGAAACCCUCACACACUGCAGGAUACAACAUGUUCCCACGGUUCUGUUUCAUCUUUGUUCUGACGCUGUUAAUAGAUGCAGUCUCUCUGCAUCAGGUAGUUGAAGGUGUUGAAGGAAGAUCUGUCACCCUGAAGUGCAGUCACAGACACAUUUUACUUGAAGAUAAACCGCUGACGGUCCACUGGAGACACAACGACAUCAGGAACGUAUUCGAUAUUAUCCAUGGAAGAUUUUCUGUAAAAGAACAGGAUCCAGUGUACAAGAACAGAGCAGAAGUUUUACUCGAGGAGCUUAAGGGCCAUGUCUUUCUCAAACUCACUGAUCUUCAGCUCUCUGAUGAAGGAACGUAUCUCUGUUUUGUCCCCGCUUUGGGAAUUUUUCACAGUACACAGCUGGUGGUCAAAGAACAAACAUUACCCAAAUACGCAGCAGUUCGAGUUCAAGUUCGAAGUCACGGUACAGGAACAAGGCUGAGCAGGACUCUGCAUCUCCUAAUACCUUUAUCUGGACUGAUCCUGCACUUUAUCUGAACAGGACUUUCUGGACGCUCUUAUUGUCAAUGAAGCACUGAGCACACUACAGCACUGUUCCCCCAAUCAAUGUAAAUAUUGUACCAUUAACUGGAGAGACACUGCUUUUCCUAUUGUCUGUUUAUAAAUGAAAUGCUGCACUACUCACCCUUUUUU